AUGCCGUCCCUGAUAGAGCGGCUGCCCAGAGAGCUCCAACGGCUCAUCUUCUCCAACCUAGACUACCAGUCUCUCAUCUUCCUCUCCACCUUGAACCGACAUUUCCACCGAUCGAUUAACCCUCAGAGAAUGGCCGACCCCCUGGACAAGGUCCAGUUCGUCAUGAGGGCAGCCAAGGACUUCCCACAGCACCGCCCCAGCGAGAAGGGCCAAGACCACCAGCCGGGCAACUUCGAGUGUUACAUCUGCUUCCGCGUGCGGGUGCCAAAGCACUUUGACGCCCUGCAAUGGCAGUCGGCGUACAUCGACAUUCACGGGCGAGUCGUUUCGGACCGCGCCCCGAGCCCCGAGGACCGACUUGUUCAGCUACGGCGGUUCUGCAUCGAGUGUGGGGUCAAGUUCGAGUUGCAUGCACCCUCUGACUGCUUGACGACAAAGACAGGCCAAGACCUCUGGGUGUGCCGUUGCAGGAAGGUCUGGCAGAAGCCGGGAUGCUUGAAGUGUCUGGACUGUGGAGGAAGCUGUCCACUCCGACCAAAACGGAAAUGGUGA